AUGUCAAGCGAUCAAGUUUAUGGCGUCACACCGCCCAUUUCGAUUAUGCUGCCUACUGAGGCGGAGAAGCGCGCCAGUGACACCCUGAUCGAAGAACUCCGACGUCAAAGGACUUUCGAAAGCCCGUCAGAUACGCAGAAGAGAUACAAAGUCCUCGAAUCACUGCAGACCAUCUGCGAUGAGUUCGUCAAACGUGUCGCUCGGGAACGGGAACCGAAAAAUGAUGUCCUUAUCAAGAACGCUCGCGGCAAGGUUUUCACGUAUGGUAGUUUUCGCCUUGGUGUUUUUGGACCCGGGUCCGAUAUCGAUACUCUCAUCGUUGCGCCGAAGUACGUGACUCGAGAAGACUAUUUCAAAUACUUUCCCCUGAUGUUAGAGGCCAUGGCUCCCAAAGGAUCUAUAACGGAUAUGGCGGUAGUCACCGAUGCGUUCGUACCAAUAAUCAAAUUCGGAUACUCUGGCAUUAGCAUAGACCUGAUCUUCUCGCGCAUUAUUCAGAAGCAACUCGCUCCGGAUUUCCAAGAUCUGAAAGAUUCUGGUCUGCUUCGCGGCCUUGACGAGGCUGAACUUCGCUCCCUUAACGGCACACGCGUUACCGACGAGAUUCUGACUUUAGUACCCGAACAAAGUACUUUCAAACUUGCCUUGCGAGCCGUAAAAUUAUGGGCGCAGCGCCGCGCAGUUUACGGCAAUAUCAUGGGCUUUCCUGGCGGUGUAGCAUGGGCCAUGCUUGUUGCUCGGGUUUGCCAGUUAUACCCCAAGGCCGCUACAUCUGUAAUUGUAAACAAAUUUUUCUUGGUAAUGAGUCAAUGGCGAUGGCCUCAACCCGUUCUACUCAAACCCAUUGAAAGUGGCCCUCUUCCCGUUCGAGUAUGGAAUCCAAAGAUAUACAAGGGCGAUUCCUUCCAUCUCAUGCCAAUAAUAACUCCGGCCUACCCUUCCAUGUGUGCUACCUUCAACAUCACCAGGUCUUCCAUGUCCAUUAUAAACCGAGAGCUCCGGCGUGGCUUGGGUAUUUCAGAGAGCAUCAUGGUGGGCAAACAGCCUUGGUGUGAUCUUUUCGCCAAACAUACUUUCUUCACCGCAGAUUAUAGAUAUUAUAUAUCCGUAAUAUCUGCUAGCAAGACAAAAGAAGCUCAUAAUGUUUGGUCAGGCUAUGUCGAAUCCAAAGUCCGCAUGUUAGUACAGAAAUUGGAACAGCAUACGUCCAUAACUAUUGCCCAUGCUUUCAAUAAAGGCUACGAUCGUCGCCAUCGCUGUCGGAGCGAUGCCGAGAUUGCGCAAGUGCAAGACGGCAGUCUUGAUUUUCUCCAAAAGGAUGGCAGCGUUCCAAGUCCAACUUCAGGAACCCCUGGACUCCACGAUUUUGGACAAAUCACCCCCGAGACAAUGUUAUCACCAGAAUCGACGGAGGUAUUUACAACUACACACUACAUUGGGCUGGAACUAGAUGAAGGCGCCAAAUCUCUAGAUCUAUCUUACCAGGUCGACGAGUUCAAGGCCUUGUGUACACAGUGGCAGAGAUACCAGGAUGAGCUGAAACCGCUUGUUUCCAUUGGCGUUCAGCAUGUACGAAAUUUCAAUCUUCCUGAUGACGUUUUUGAUGUCGACGAGAAGAAACCCCAAAAGAAGGGCAUGAAGUCAAAAAAACGGGGUGCUGCAGAGGUAAUGAUCAUGGCAGAGGAAGAUUAA